UGUAACAUGUCCUAGAGCAAAUGUAAGAGCUGUCUCAAACUCCAACCUUUUCCACCUCUUUAUAUAAUCAAUCUUCAAUCUCCUUCCUUGCAUAGAAAGCAAUAACAUUACCAAUGAAGAUUGAGAAAGAAAUUUAUAACCUUCCUAUCCACCGAUUCCACAAGCUAAAGCUUGAAUACACUGAGACCCCCUUCAAUUGUGAUGGGUGCAAAGAGGCUGGGAUAGGCCUCAAGUACAAGUGCUGCCAAUGUGAGUUCGAUCUGCACAAGGCGUGCGCCCUAGCAACCUCGACUGCCACCCACCCCUUCUACAAGAAGUGUGAGUUCCAGCUGCACCACCGGCCCCCCGGCCUCAAAGCUAGGGUCUGUGAUGCCUGUAGAGAUGAGGUGUCGGGUCUGGAGUACCAUUGUGAUCGAUGCGGGUUUGACCUUCACCCCUGCUGUGCCAGCCUCCCUAGGGUUUUGGAUGAUGGGGAGCGCAACCUCAUCUUAUGUGCUAGGUUGUCCGGGCCGUGCCAUUGGUGUGGUGGGAAGGGGCUGGGUUGGGCAUACAGGUCAUCUUGCAAGACGUACAGUCUCCACGUGUCGUGCGUGAAACAGUUGCUAGUUGAGAGUUGGGAGGCCGUGUACCUGAAUGUGGAUAAGGACCGGGUGAGGGAGAUGCAUACCAGGAUCCCUAGCCUUGGAAACACCUUGCGGGCUCACCACGUCGAGAGGGGUGGGAAGAUGGGCAAGUGCUGUGAGUUAGCUAAGGGCGCGGUGCGCUUGAUCGUUUCCGCUAUCCUCGGAGAUCCGACAGCUAUAAUCGCUGGAGUUAUCCAAAGUUUCAUAUCUAAGUAAAAGUACAAACAAUAUAAGAAAAAUGGAAAUAAAGCCUGCUAUGUGAUAUAUCUGUUGCCCGGUUGUUAUGUCCUAUGGUAGAUACACUUGACUACUUGCAUCUAUGUGUACGGAAUGCGAAUGGAAUGGAAUGGAAUAGGGUUUUCAUACUGGUGAAAACAUAAUUUAUUGUC